GCCAUCUCGUGUGCGGAAUUCGGUGCAAAAAUCGUCGAAUAUGAGGAGACCUUUACAAGUCGCGAAAAGCUCAUGACAUACUUGAGUGGUCUUCCGGCGGCUGGAUGUCGAGGCCAGCAACACUGGCUUGCAGUCACUGUCGACGUCACCAUUGAGAGAGCGAUCAAACAAGAGAGCGAACGUGUAGUGCUCUCGAAGAAGAAAAAGCAGCAGUACGAUACAAACAUUACGCCAGGAGUGCGAAGCUCAACCAAUGAUGAAGAGGCAGCUACCAGCACGAUGCAGGGGUCCAUUACGACAACUACUAACAGCAACCUUAUCGGAAC